AGAUAAGAUUAUGACAGUGGAAAACACGCCAGAUUUACCAGAGUUCUAUGAAUGCCUUACUUCAUUGUCCAAACAUUCUAAAGAUUUUGAUGACGUUGUGGGAAAAGUAAAAGCAAUGUUAUCAGACUCAACAGUUGAUACAAAGAAUGGUAUUUCGUUGUUGGACCUCAAGAAUCAUACUGUUCUCAACUACCUUAUCAGUUUAUUAACCUUAAUGCUAAGAAAAAUUGAAGGUAAAGACAUAGAAGAAGUUAGGUGGAACAACAUUGUUAACAGAACAGUAUUGGAACGAAUCAGACCACUCGAAAAUAAGCUUCACUAUCAAAUAGAAAAGUUAAUGCGAGUGACAACUAAUAAGAACGACGCUCUUAAUUUCAAACCUGAUGUCGGAGACCUGGAGAGUAGUGACGACGAACAAGAUAACGAUGAAGGAGGGUUGUAUAAAGCUCCACGAAUCGCUGCUGCUCAUUACUAUGAACGAGAACCACGGGCCAAGCGGGCUAAGACGGAGAACAGCGCUGCUCCUAAACUUGGUAAAUCUGUUCUGGAGGAUCUGAGGAAGGAGAUGAGCUCGGCACCGGAGGUGGUGUCGUACUCAAACUCACAAAAACAGGACAAGGGAGUCCAGGACCGGACCCAGUACGAGGAAGCGAACUUCAUGAGAAUGAGCCUUAGUAGAGGAGAUAAGAAGAAACCUAGGAUUCAGUCUGGUUUGAAGAAUAUCCUGGACUUUGAUGAUGCUGAAAUGUUCAGAAGUGCUGAAGCUGAAAGUAAGGGAAAGAAGGGAAAGAAGGGGAUGGCAAAGGGAAAAAAGGGAAAAAAGAACAAGUUCAGAAAAAAGAAAUGAUGUUAUUUUGUCUCGAUGAAUUUUUAGCUUUGUUUUGCUGUCAUUUUUAUUUAUUUUGUUUUAUCUAC